AUGAUUAACGACGCAAACAACAUCGUCCUCGCAGUGAUGGGCGCCGUCGGAAACGGCAAAUCCUCGACACUCAAUUCGAUUAUCCAGGAGCCCUUGUUCCAGUCAGGACGCUCUAUCGGCCCUGUCACGCAACGAAUUGGUAGUUGCGUCCGCAACUGGAAGCUGCCCGAGGUUGGCCGCACUGUCCACAUUGUCGACACGCCAGGAAUGUGCGACUCCACCUAUAGGGAUGUUGAGAAUGUGCAUCUGAUGGUCGAAUUCUUCAAGACUCUCUCCCACGGUGUGAGCGCGUUUGUUCUUGUCUUCAACAUCCACAACACAAGAUUGGACGAGUACACGAAAAACAUGUUGAGGCUGUUUGAGAGACUGUUGGGACCCCAGUUCUGGAAGCACGUCGUGAUUGUGUUUACACAUGUGGACGAGGAUCAGCGGGAUUACCUGGAGGAAAACAUUGACGCGCUGACAGACCCCGCCGAGGGUUUUGUCCGUGUGAUCCACCAAUGGUUCCAGCUCCAGUACCAGCCCCCAAUAGUAUUCCUUUCCAACCGCGAUACCCGUUAUAGCCAAUAUGCGCGCGACUGCUUCAUGGAGCUCUACCAGGCGGUUGUCUCUGUCGAGGAAGGCGCACGCCGCGAAAAGUUUACCUGCACCUUUUUCCAGGAGGUCAACAACCGUGCAGGCGUCGUCCAGGACAACUUUAUUGUGCAGAGCAUUCGUUCUGCGACUGCUGCGAUUCCACAGAUGAUCCAGUCUGGAACGAGGGCAGUUUCCAAUGUCUGCAGUGUUAUGUAG